AUGGCGAGCGCACUCCUCUGGCUCUCCCUGCUAGGGAGCAGCACCCUAGCAUCUGCUCUAGACACCAGUAAUACCCCUACCAUCAAGAGAGCAGACACAGGCAGCAACACCACCUCCUCAAUCCCUACCGCCACCCUCAACAACACCGUCUUCGUCGGCCGUUCCCUGCCCGAGUUCGAGCAGGAGUUGUUCCUAGGUAUCAAGUUCGCAGACGAGCCUGUGCGAUUCACCCCUUCGACGUUGAAAACGGCCUAUCGCGCCAACGACAGUGACAACGGGGUAUACCAUGCCUCCUCGGCAUCAGGGCUGCAGACUUCCUCAGGGACAGUGCUGUACAACGCCACCGAGUAUGGAUAUGAUUGUCCCGGGUACGGAUCCGACGAGACAGAGCUGGCGGAGGAGGGAUAUGCGCGGUUCGACGAGAACUGUUUGAAUCUGAAUGUCAUCCGACCCAAGAGAGACAAUGAGGAUGAGUUGUUGCCGGUCAUGAUUUGGAUCUUUGGUGGUGGUUGGGUGGAGGGUGCGACUGCUGAUCCGAGAUACAAUAUGAGCUAUAUCGUCCGCCAGGGUGCGUUGAACGAUAAGCCCGUCUUGGGUGUCUCGAUCAAUUACCGUGUGGCUGCUUUUGGAUUCCUUGACUCUGUCGAGGUUAUGGAAUCCGGCAACACGAACCUAGGACUGCGUGACCAGCGCGUCGCCAUGCAUUGGGUUAAGCAGAAUAUCAAGGCGUUUGGUGGUGACCCGGACAAGAUUACCAUAUGGGGAGAAUCAGCUGGCGCCUACAGCGUCGGAGCCCACCUCGUCACCAACGACGGCGACAACGAGGGUCUAUUCCGAGCAGCCAUCAUGGAAUCCGGCAACGCCGUGGGACCUCCCUACAACGGGACAGAUUGGUACCAGCCGAUGUACGACCAGAUCGUGAACGCGACCAACUGCACCACCUCAUCCAACACCCUCCAAUGCCUCCGCGAAGUCCCCUUCUCCACCAUCUACACGGCCGCCGACCUCGACCUAGAAUGGUUCGCCACCAUCGACGGCACCUUCAUCAAAGAAUACCCCCAAAUCAGCUACACAGAGGGCCGCUUCGCCAAAGUCCCCAUUCUCCACGGGACAAACACCGACGAGGGCGUGAGUUUUGGUACGACGGGCGUGAACACUGAUGCUGAAGCUAUUCAGCAGUUGAUGUCGAAAGCAUCCAAACGCUGGGUCCUAAACGAAACCCAAGCCACAACCCUCCUCUCCCACUACCCUAACAUCUCCGCCCUAGGCUGUCCCUACGGCUGGGGCAACACGACGUGGCCGAAACUGGGAUAUGAAUAUAAACGCUACGAGUCGAUGGCGGGUGAUCUAUGCAUGGUCGCUCCGAGGAGAUUGCUUUCCCAGAAGAUGAAGGAGUAUGAUGAGGGGCAGCAGGUGUUUGCGUAUCGGUGGGAUGUGGCCGCGUUGAAUGAUUCGAGUACUAUUGGGGUGGCGCAUUUCGCGGAGAUCCCCUUCGUUUUCGCCAAUCCCGUGCAAAACAUCACUCCGUUGGGAAGUGAUCCAUCGAGACUAGAAUUGGGUAAUUUGGCUGCGAGGAUGUGGACGGCUUUUGUGUCGGAUUUGGAUCCGAAUGGACAUGGUGUCUCCGGUAUCCCCACCUGGCCGAAAUACAACCUCUCCCAUCCUCAAGACUUUGUGUUCCGGGUACCAAGGAAUGAGAGUUAUGUGGAGAAGGAUACGUUCCGGACGGAGGGGAUUGAUUAUAUUAAUACGAUUGUGCGGUAAACCAUGAUAUUAUC